UCUUCACUCUUCAAAGGCGUCACGAACUAGCCUAUCUGUGGUGGAUUCCCCCCCUAGCUUAUGCAUCAUACCCUUGACUUGACGCCCAAUCGCCUCCAACCCGCAUGCAUUGAGUCUCUCCAGUCACGGGCUUCCAGCUGUUCGACGCUGGCCCCCCUUGCCCCCCCCCUGCCCCUCCCCCCCUCUCCUAAGCCAAUUCCUCCUUCCCCCCCGCCGACGAGGCUCCUUUAAGCCCAAUGGCCUAUUUCGACGUGGAAGAAGACGUCUUUGGUCGACGGGGACCACAUGGCCGACAUGGGCGAAGGAGACACAGACACCCCUCCAGCGACUCCCCGCUGGCAGCCCGACAUCAUUGGUUCGCCCGUGGUGAGCCGCCCACCCUCGAUUCGCCGCUGCCUUACCGAACCCCGAGGAGGAAUAUACUACGACAACAACCACAACAACAACCGCAGCCCGAAGACUGGUCCCCUUUCUCGUUACGCCCAAGUCGAACCUCUCGGUCCGACAGCGCACCUGCGCCUGCGCCAGUCGAUAUGAUGCCACUCCUGACGAGGUCAUCCACGGCGGCGCACAGGAGAGCGAGGGAUUCUUACGGCUACCCCCCUCACGACGGACACGGACACGGACACAUACACGGACACAUACACGGACACAUACACGGACGCGGUCACGGUCACGGUCACGAAGAGUCGCCCUCGCCCUCACCCGCCAGCUGGAGGAGCUCCAGGCGGAACGUCAGCCCACCGUCCCCCGCCCGUCACUGGCGCUCGACCCCGGAAUCGAGGCCUUCGUCUCGCACCUCGUUUACCGACGCGUCGGAUAAGGACUCGAGCGACGACACCGUCUCUACCCAGGAGGCCAGGAGGCCCAGCCGGACCCCAGAGAGGCCCCAGCAGAGGGGACAGCAGAGGGAACCUCAGAGAACCCAACAGAGGCCACAACAGAGGAGGACCCCACAAACGUCGCAACAAAAUCCCCAGCAGAGGACCCAGCAGAGGACCCAGCAAAGGUCCCAACCACCGCCCUAUCGGCGUCCACAGCUCGUGGUCGAGAAGGAUGAAACCGAUUCCGACUCUGACGAUGACUUUGACGAUUCCGAUUCGGAAGAUGCAGGAGGAGCGGCGGCGGCCGCAGCAGCAGCAGCAGCAGCAGCCGAAGAGAGACGAAGGCACCGACAUCGACGCGGAGAACCUAUAAUAUGCGAGAUCGAGCACGCUGACGACGACGACGACGACGAAGAAGACCACGACUCUUUUUGGCCACCAGCGCCUCGCCGUCUCCUCAACCACCAUCACAGAUCAAACCCCAGUUCCCACCGAUCCCCGAUCCGCCGCAAAACCGCGCCGGACUUGUCACGGCAGUCGUCGCGGAAAUCCAUGGACAAUAUUCAUAUCAUCACCACGGCCCGCCGCGAUAAUCCUCGUCAUAGUCAUAGCACGUUUGAGCGUUCAAGGACGCCUCACCGCUCCCGACAAAGGUUCGUUUAAACAAAAGAAGAAGGAAAAAGAGAAAAGGAGAACGUUUCUAACAAAUUCCUAU